UAUACGUGUAUGGUGUUUAUCUGUGUACCUAUAUGUAUAAACGUUAAGAAGACGAAUAAAAAGUUCAUAUAAUUUGUUUAUUGUUAAUCAAGUUUAGAUCGAAUAUGAAUUUUUCACACUAUUUCUCACUGCAAUUUUCCCCACUCUUACGCAUGUUUCGAAAACACUCGAUCAGUAUCCACAUCAGACAGCAACAUAAGAAACUUUUUACACUUAAAUCGCAUAGAUGGCUGUAAAUUUACUAAAUCAAAACGAUUUAGGUAAAGUUUGGAAAGAGAUUAUUAUUGAUAAUGAAUCUUUUAUUAUUUGUGUUACUAAAGAACACAACGCGUGGAAAAUUUUACUUUCUAAUUUUAAAGAAAUAUGGUCGGAAUGUUUGACCGAUGAGAAGAUUUUGAACAGAUCUAAGGAAUUAAAUUCUAUGUUGAUUAUCGAUGACAGCGAACUCAUGGAAGUUGUGUUAGACACGUUGACCAAUAUUCCCAAAUAUGUCGAUAAGCCAUCCAAAGAUCAUAUAAAGUUAUUAAAAAACUUUGAAGGUGGUGGAUUCAAAUUUGAAAUAAAUCUAUCCAAAGGAACUACGGAAGAGUAUUGGGAUAAUAUUACAAGACCAUUAUGUUUAUCUUCUGUAGAACUUAUUCGUAGACAGAAUAUAUUAUUAGAUUUGAUUAAAAAGAAAGAUCAAGAAAUAGCGGAGUAUAAAGCAGAAGGAGCAGAAUUAAUAAGAAAAAAUAUUGAGACUGAAGUUUUCAAUGAAAAUCAACUUAAUACACAUUCAAUUAAAAUUGAUGAAAGUAACUAUGCAGAUCCAUUUCAAAAAGUGAUUGAGUUUUAUAAUAAGACUAUUUUUAAAAAUGAUGUAAAAAUAGAAGGAAAUUCUGUUGGAUUAAAAAAUCCAAUAAAACAAGAGCGUCAAAGUAUUUCUGAUAUUCCUCAAAGUUCUGGAUGCAAUAUAACUAUCUUAAAAGAAGAAACUGACAACGAACUUGGUAAGUCUAGUUUUCAAUCAGGUAAUAGUAGUAAAAGUAAACGUGGUAAAAGAAAUAAAAUCAGUAAUAUGAACAUCGUUCCGAUUGUUAUACCAUCGAAGAGAAAUAAGAAUAGUAUUACCGAUAAUAUUUUAUAAUGUUUGCUAUAAUUAAUAUAUGACAAAACAAAAAAUAUUCUUAUAAUUCUUUUAAGUAGAUAAUAUUAGUUGGUUAUUAGUUAUUUUCACAAAGAUGUUAGUCUGACACAUAGGUAAUAAUAUUUUUAUAAUAAUUGGGUUAGUAGCAAUAGUUAUAUUAAUUAUAGUAUGCUUACAUUAAGUAUAUUAAUAUUAAUGCUUCGUUUACAAUGGUGAGACGUGUGAAAUCAUUGUUAAGAAAAUGAAUCUUUCAAACUCGUCAAAAAUAAGAGUAAGAGAAAGACAAGUUUAAUAAUUAUUUAAAUUUA